AUGCUCUCCCUCACGAUUGGCGUCCCGGUGACCGAUCACAAUAAUAGAUUAUACUUGGAUGAUAUCAAGUAUUUUGAUUUACUCCACCGGAUUGGCCCGAAACUGCGACAGAUCGGAUCGUUGGACGUUUCCCAAAUAAUAAUUGCGCUGGGGUUGGCUGAAACAAACGGGGGUAUCCGGUGGCACAAGCUUCACUCCGAUGGAUUGAUUAGACCGUCAACAGACUGGGGUGUGAAUACUUACCAGAUCUGGUUCGGCCUAGUGGAACCCGGCCAUGGCAUGAAUCGCGACGUUCUUGACUUGCCAAGUCUUUACAAGCUUGUUGAAGACCUUGGAGUCGAUUUGAGAACCUUAUGGAAGUUGGAGAGGACCUGGGUGGUCGACAUGUUUAAGAGGCUUAACGCUCUUUGUUUUGUGAAGGGCCUCGUUAUGGAAGGCACUGUAUUGCCGGGACAAGCGCUUCCUGAGAUUAUCUCUGCUGGUAACGCUUUCAAACCCCUGUCCGGAUUUUCACGCUUUUCCAGCAUUCUUACCAUGGAAACAUAUACAGCCCCAUCUAUCCCGUCUAUUCCUCCCCCGUCUAUUCCUCCCCCGUCUGUGCCCCCCCUACUGAUGAGCGAUCCGUUACCGUCGAACACCAUUUACUACCCCACAGAUGCCGGUCUCGAAUUUGAUUGGGCGAUACAGGAUCAUGGCAUUAUGGACCCAAGACCCGAUGCUGGCCCUGCGUCUUACCCGACACCCUCUACUCAUUGUGUCAACCCUCCCGCAGCGGGCGGGCCACUCGUCUCUCCGAGUGCUUGCUGCAGUCCACAAGUCUACCAAGUGGUCAAUGCACCACAGUCGGUCAGAACCCCUGUCUCAACUUCUGCAACGACGCCCGUGGGUUUUGCGGAUACGCCUGGGUCGGAUGCAGGUGCUUCUUCUUACCCGACGCCUUCUACUAAUUAUGCAGACUCCCCUCGAGUGGAUGAGCCUACUACCCGCUUGAGUUCUAGCGUUUUGCCGCUCAACCAAGCCGUCGAAGCACCGGAAUCGACACGCAACACGCCGACGCAACAGCAGAGGCGUGAGCAGGCGAUUAUCAGAUCGUUGCAAUCGUGUACAUUUACGAAGGAGAACGUGUGUCUUGGUACCGAGAAAAUCAAGAAAAUUAUUAAAGCGGGAGCUCGCCUUCUCACACAGGAUCAUGUCAGAAUCUUGCGGCCCCUCUUCGACGGCGGAGCUGAUAUGUCAUCCAGCCUAAAAAGACUUGGACUUCCUGAAGAAUGGGUAGGUAUAAAUGGAGCUGUGAAUUACCUCAGGGUGCUCGAGAAAGACAAGGACAAGAAAAUCUCUUUUUCCCUUGAUCCCUUGGCGAGGCGUGUCGCGCAAGUAUUGCUCUAUCUCAAUUAUGAGUCUCUGCGUAAGAAAGGCGAGGAAGAUGUGGUCACCCGCAUCCUUGACGCCUACCACGAUGAUCCUAACAAAUCCAAGGGGAAAGUAUACCGCCAGAAGAACUUUCACACUUAUCACGUGCGCUUGGGGAGAUGGUGGUGGAGGCUUGCAGCGCACUUGGGAUUGGGCAUCUUGUUGGUCGCUGAUGAUGUAGCGAUGAACUUGUUUAGUAACAGUUUCACUGAUGAUCAGAUUGACGCGCUCAUUACCUUCGCCUUGCGCACUCGCCCAGGCACUAUUCACCUCUAUCGUUCGCUGGCGCCAGUGGCAAAGUCACUCUUGAGCGGAGAGCUUCCAGCUAAUCUUCGCCAAAUCUUGAUGGAUGCUAACAAAGGCCUCUUGAGACACAAUGCGCUAGAGGAAGCCCGUACACAGGACGAGAAUGCGUCUAUGUCCCAGGAGAUUGCGGGUCCUUGGCAGGUCGAAAACACUAAACCGUACGCGGAGAAAACCGCGACGGAUUUUAUUGACUCACUUACGCAUUAG